AUUUUUCUUUUAACUCCGCGUACCUUCUCUUUCCCGUGAAAGCUCGAGCGGUGAUUUCACGCGGUAAGCUUCCGAUCAAUCUGCAAUAGCUGCGAAAUCUCUCUCUCGCCAUCAGAAGCGGCGCUGUUAGGGUUUCCAGUCUGCUGCGCAACUCCUCCGUCCCGAGGCAGUAAAGGGUCUAGCGCUUGCAAGAUGCAGGGUAACGGAGGUGGUAGAAAUCCUUUCUUCGGAUUUGGUGACCCUUUUGCUGGUUUUGGAGGCUUCGGUGGUCAGAGAAGUUUAGCUUCUAGCUUCUUUGGAGGAAGAAACCCAUUUGAUGACCCUUUCUUUACACAACCAUUUGGGGGCCUCUUUGACUCGAGCAUCUUUCGUCCAACUGCAAGUCCUUUCAUGAAUAUGGAUCCUUUCAUGAAUAUGCAUCCUCCACCUACUAUGAUAGAGCAUCGUCCUCCAGAACCGAUAAUGUCUAGAGGACCCAUUAUUGAAGAAUUGAACUCUGAUGAUGAGAAGGAAGAAGCGGACAACGUGAAGAAGGACAACCCAAGAAAGCAUGGGAGGUCAAGUGAGAUGCCACAUGUUGAGGGCCCUGAUGAUGAAGUCGAAGAGAGGAGAAGGAAGCAGCUACAUUAUUGGAAUGGCUCCAUAGAGAGGCCAUCUGAGAGACAGGUGCAGCCACAGAAUCACAGUUUCACCUUUCAGAGCUCUACUGUCAGUUAUGGUGGUGCAAAUGGUCCAUAUUAUUCAUCAUCCACAACAAGAAGGACGGGCAGUGAUGGGUUGACAUUCGAGGAAAGGAAAGAAGCUGAUAGUGCAACUAUGAAAGCCACUCAUAGAGUUUCUAGGGGACUCCAUAAUAAGGGCCAUUCUGUUAUGAGGCAGCUUAAUUCUGAUGGUAAGGUGGAUACCAUGCAGACUCUGCACAACCUAAACGAAGAUGAGCUGCCUCAAUUUGAACAAGCCUGGAAAGGAAAUGCUAGAAAGCAUUUGCCUGGUUGGAGCGAGCAUUCUGAUGGUCAUGGUAGACGAGGAGUUGGUCAGAUUGGACACCCAAGUCAUGGAGGAUGGGCGCUUCCGUCCACUCAGCAAUCAUUGCCUGCGCAGAGGGUCACAUCUGAUAUGAGGGAACGAGCAGAGUCUUCUCAGAGGCAAAAUGCUGGAAGAAGGAAAGCAAAUGCUAGCGGAAAGGCCGGCCCCUCCCAUGGUGAAGCGAGUGCAUAAGGAAACUGAGUUGAUUGUGGCCCUCAUGUACCCUUUGCCCCGUAGAUUCGCAUAUUCUGGACUAGGCCAGAUAGAAAUUCACAUAAUACAGAGAUAUAUCUACCUUUUUUCUCAUAAUGUCUAAUGGUAAUACAUGUGUGAUGCAAUAUGCACAGUUGUAAUGCCCAAUGUUGUGGAUGCUCUUUUUGGGAUGUUAAAAGUUAAAUCGAUCGCCUUUCCUUCUAUUAA